UUGAAACUCCUAAACUAUGGCUGGAAUGUUAAUGUAGCCGCCUGUAAAACUAUGGCUCAUAUGCCUUACAAAGAAAACCCACGUUCAAGCAAUCAUCUCAUGGGUCCACGUACUUUCAUUUGAUUCUGGAUAAUUUAGUGUUAAUUAAUAGUUUUUUUUACAUGUAGUUUCUUCGUUUCUCAUUCUAUCUGAUCUGAAUAACUACUCUGUAGUUGAAGACAGCCGAUGAUUUCUCUUUGACGCCUCUUGCAAUAAUUAAAUCAUAAUGCGUAACUUUGGGAUCGGGUGUCAAGGCUUAUGAUUGAAAACUGGUGAAAUUAUCGCUCGAAAAUUGGGGCGAUAUGGCGGGAGACUUCACCGCAGGAGAGAAGCAGAUUCUGAACGCGCUUAAUGUGGGGUUAUCGGCAUUAUCCUUGACGGGAUCUGCAUUUAUCGUGCUCUGUUAUCUGCUCUUCAGAGAGCUUCGCAAGUUUUCAUUCAAACUCAUCUUCUACUUAGCAUUAUCUGAUAUGUUCUACAGCUUCUUCAACAUCCUUGGGGAUCCAGGAAAGAGGUUUUUCUGCUAUGCACAAGGAUACAGCACACAUUUCUUUUGUGUUGCAUCUUUUCUCUGGACAACAACUAUAGCUUUUACCCUUCAUCGCACUGUUGUGAGGCAUAAAACUGACGUUGAAGAACUGGGAGCCAUAUUUCAUUUAUAUGUAUGGGGAACUUCCCUUGUAAUGAUCAUCAUACCUUCUAUUGGAGAUGGUUAUGGACAAACAGGUCUUUGGUGCUGGAUUCAAACGACAAGGGCUGGAAAGGUCCUCCAAUUUAUCACCUUCUAUACUCCACUAUGGGGAGCCAUUGUCUUCAAUAGUUUCACAUAUUUUCAAGUCAUUCGUAUGCUUAACAAUGCUACUAGGAUGGCAGCAGGCAUGUCAGAUCGACAAUUACAAGUUGAUACAAAGGCUGAUAUGAAGGCAGUGAACCGAUGGGGCUACUACCCUUUGAUAUUGAUAGGCUCUUGGACAUUUUCCACUCUGAAUCGUAUACAUGAUUUCAUUGAACCAAACAAAAAGAUGUUUUGGCUUUCUUUUCUUGAUGUUGGAACAGCAGCCUUGAUGGGCUUGUUUAAUUCCUUGGCAUAUGGACUAAAUUCUUCAGUGCGUCGCACAAUUCAGGAAAAAAUCGAUCUGUGGUGGCCAGAAAGGUUUAGAAAGUGGCUACCUAGUUGUAUCAUGCUGAGGGAGAAGGCACGGGAAAGUGAACUAAUCCCCCUCAAAGUUUCAGUCCAACAUUGAUUUCAUCUACUUACUAGGAUUUGUAAUCUUCAUGUUCUCAGGCUCUUUUCAGCCAAUUUUGGACUUAUCCUCGAUUAUUUUUUAAGGUUCUUUUAUAGCAAUAAAUUCAGAUGUUCCCAGUUCACUCAUGUAUAAUUAAAUCCAAUGCUGUUUAGGGACCACAGAUCAAAAUUUUAGCAAAGGCUGCUCUCCAUAUUCUUUGAUCCCUCCAAAAUUCAUCAUUUAUUGCCCCUUUUUGGAUGUAGGAUAGAAUGGCCUUGUUACUAAUGCUAUAGCCGGUCUAUAACAACAACGAUAUAAAAUGUUAUCCACUUUAACGAGGUGACAGCCAAAAAUGUAUGUUUGUAGAGUUAUUUCUUGAAGACUAUAUAUGCCAGAAUAUCAAGGGGAGGACUUCUACUAUUGCAAGCUGUAAUAACUGAAAUUCAUGGAGAGCUGGACGAGGAAUUGGAAUUCAGCAGAACUUAUUAAUUUGAUGUAAACCUUAGAAGAGAAAUCUCCAUGAAAUAAAUUAAGCAUGCAUGCAAGCUGAGAUGUGUUAUCACUCUCAUUGCGAUGCUAGAUUGCUAAUGGAAGUUAUACCUUUCCUCAAAGUGGCUUCUUGGUAUCCUACUAUUUUUAUCUUUUUGGAGUUCUGUAAUAAAUAUACAUUUAUUUUCUGCAACUCAUUACCAGUGAGUACUGAGUACACAUUUCUGUAUUGUAAAUUUACUCUAAAUUAGACUUACUUUUUAAUUGGAAACAGCUUUCAGAUUGGAUUAAUUUAGACAAAA